AUGCAGUCCCAAUUCGUGCCCAAGAACCAGAGCCUGCGCUUCAACAGGCAGGGCAACCCCGACGUCGCCGCCCACACAAAAAGGCAGGAUGCCAUCUCGGCAGCCGCCCUCAUCAACCGCAGAAACGCCCUCCUCCAGGACUACAACAAGCUCCACCAAAAGCCCGCCUGGUCGCCCGCCUUCAAUGCCGCCCUACGCGUCCUCCUCAUCAUCCGCGUCGCCUCCGCCAUGUACUCGAUCAUAAACGACUGCGACGAGGCGUACAACUACUGGGAACCUCUACAUCUGCUUGUCUACCCGCCAUCGUCGUCGUCGUCGUCGUCGUCGUCGUCGUCCUCUGCCGCAUCUGCCGCCGCCGCCGCCGCUUGGCCGCAGUCGCCCUUCCAGACCUGGGAGUACUCGCCCCGCUUCGCCAUCCGCUCCUGGGCCUACCUCGUCCAGUACGUGCCCCUCGCCCGCGCGCUCGCCGCCCUCGGCGUCGGAAAGCGCCAGGUCUUUUUCUCGAUCCGCAUCCUCCUCGCAGUCACCUCGACCCUCAUCGAGGCCCGCUUCUACAAGGCCGUCGCAGACACCUUCAACUCCCGCAUCGGCAGGUACCUCCUCGUCAUCCUCGCCGUCAGCCCGGGCAUGUUUGAGGCCUCCACCGCCCUCCUCCCCUCGUCGUUCGCCAUGUACGCCACCAUGCUCGCCUACUCGUUCUGGCUCCACCCGGCCAGGCUCGCCUCGACCGACCCCUCGGUCCUCGCGACGCCCUACCAGCGCCCCUUCCAGCCCCUCCGCCUCAUUGGCGCCGUCGCCUCGUUUGCCGCCGGCGCCAUCGUCGGCUGGCCCUUUGCCAUCGUCCUCGCCGCGCCCUUUGUCGUCGAGCAGCUCCUCUGCCGCGGCGACGACGUCGUGCCCGACAACCGCGCCACUACCUGGCUCUCGGCCCGCUGGUCGACGUUUGCCGGCGCAUCGCUGCUGGCGUCGCUGAUCGCCAUCCCUUUGUGGACCAUCGACUCGCUCGCCUACGGCCGGUCCGUGCUCGUCCCGCUCAACAUUAUCCGCUACAACCUGCUCUCCGCCGCCCGUGGCGCCGGCCCGGAGCUCUACGGCACCGAGCCCGCCAGCUACUACUUUGCCAACCUGCUGCUCAACUUCAACGUCGUCUUCCCGCUCGCCCUGCUGGCCGCACCGCUGCUGGCCUUGACGGCCGUCUACGACCCGCGACGCCUGCAGCGGCCCCUCGACCAGCCGGGUCAGCCCGGAUCGGCCGCGGCCUCGUCCGGCGCCAAGGGCCACGCCACCAAGCCCGAGCCCAGCAGCCUGCUGACGCUCAACGCGCUCCGCAUCGCACCCUUCUACCUCUGGUUCGGGCUGCUCUCGGUCCAGCCGCACAAGGAGGAGCGCUUCAUGUACCCGGCCUACCCGCUGCUGUGCAUGAACGCCGCCGUGUCCCUCUACCUGGUCCGCUCGCUGCUCGAGGUCGGCUUCGUCCGCUACACAAAGUCGCCCUACCGCGCGUCGCGCUCCAAGCUCUUCACCUCGACGACGGCCGCGCUCCUCGGCGCCACCGUCGUGCUCGGCGUGCUGCGCACCGUCGGGCAGAUGGCCCACUUCCACGCGCCCCUCGACGUCCUCUUCCACCUCGAGGGCUAUGAGCUGCCGCGCGUCGUCGCCGCCGUCUUCCCGCAGACGCUCAACGAAGACGUGCGCGCGCGCCUCGCAAAGGGCCUGCCCGCCGUGGCGACGCCAGAGGAGCGCGAGUACAACGAGCGCGGCAAGGGCGCCGAAAACGCCGGCAAGAGCCAGGACCUGUCGAUCUCGCUCGAGCCGCUGCGCGACCUGCCGCGCCCGCUCCGCCUGUGCUACGCAAAGGAGUGGCACCGCUUCCCCUCGCACUUCCUCGUACCCUUUGGCGUCGAGGUCGACUUUGUCGAGAGCGAGUUCAAGGGCAUCCUCCCGCGGCACUUUCAGACGGCGUCAUCGUCGUCGUCGUCGUCGUCCGGUGGCGCUGGCGCUGGCGCUGGCGCCAAGGACGGUAUCGUCGCAGCGCUCGAUGCCACGUUUGGAUCCACGCUCUGGCCCUACGGCGCCACUACGCGCCACGAUGGCGAGGAUGCGCCCGGAUUCAACGAGUUUAACCGGCAGGAGCGCGACCGGUUCGUGUCGGUGUCGACGUGCGACUACCUGAUCGACCUCGACCACCCGCACCGCUACCUCUCCCCUACCAUCGUCCCACCGGCCCUAGAACCGAGGUACGCCAUCGACGAGGCGCAGUGGGACCGGAUUCUCUGCAAACCUUUCCUCGACGCCGAAUGGUCCCGACCCGUCCUUUCCGACAACGCCGGCGCGAUCACCCGCCUCCUCUCCAACGCUGCCGCCGCACUCCACCGCGCACUCUGGCUUCCGGUCAACUGGGGUACCGCCAAUGUCUAUGGCGAGUACUGCCUUCUGAGGAAUCGGGAGAGCAGGAUCGUUGCAGAGUAG